AAGAGAAAUCCAGUCUAAGAAUCACUCUUUUAAAUUUACCAUAUUUCCACCCAAGAAUACACUUUUUCGACUCGGACCAGGUUAGUUCGUUAAGACGAAAGCAUGGUAAUGUGCAGUACUGUAUAAUUACCAUCGGAAGCCCUGUUAGCCGCUUAGGUAAGGAAAAUGUGGAGGCCCGCCGACUUUUCAUUUCAAAAUCCGAUAGCACCGACCAGCCGAGGGUGCAAAAGUGGACAACAUUAUGACAAGCACGGGCGGAUACUACGGGAUCUGACGGACGUUCCAAUCUGCUACCGAGCGUAAAAGUAGGCUUGCUUGAAGCCUGCGAUUUAUCCUCUGUUGUUUACAUUCAACCCUCGUUUAUUGUCAUUGAAUAUUCCGUCUAUAUAUGCUGGACUUUCUUGCUGCCUACGCCCUUACCUAGCUGUAGGCACAUUCUUUAUCUACAGCACCUUUGCCUUGGCGCUGCACCUUUCGUCAACUUGUUUCGCCUGAUCAGGGUUAGGGGGGCACGCGACAAACUGACAAAGGCCACCCAUCUCCUCUCUGUGGCUGCAAGCCAUACCAUGUCAUCACUGGGGGACGUACAGACAAAGUUAUCUUUCCCCAGAUCGACCCUGGGCCAUCCGUAUUAGGUUCUUGCCAUGGCAGGGAAAGCGGAUGAUCGCGGGGCGAAUAAUGCACCCGCGCAGCCACGCUCUCCACCUUGCCCGACAUCUCCGAAGGUCGACCGAGACCAGUGUGACAAGACGCGGGAAGCCAGCCAGUCCCGUGACCAUGAUCAUGAUAGUCACAGUAGAUAUGACAAGACUGGUGUUUCAUCGCCAACCACCCGAGACAGCGAUGAUGACCAGCCUGGCCAGCCGCCCAGGAAACGACAGAGAGUAAGGUUGUCUUGUCUAGAGUGUAGACGAAGAAAGCUGAGCUGCGAUCGGUCGAUGCCAUGCGAGCGGUGCAUCAGAUCUGGAACUCCUGAGAUAUGUUCUUAUGAGACUCGGCCGGGUCUCGCUCCGCCGGCAAAGAAUGGCCUCAGUCAGGGGGCGCUGUCUAGUUUUGAAUCUAGACUCUCUCAUCCCCCGCCUCCGCCAGGAGAAUACCGAAGAGACUCCAUCCUAUCUCGAGACAACGAUCGUAUACGUCGUCUCGAGAGCGAAGUGGCCCAGUUGAAGAACCUUCUUCUGGCCAAGGUUGGCGGCAGCUCUUUCGAUGGCAGUGCCACCCUCGCAGAUGGCUCACCUGCUGAACACCCAAAGCCGGACUAUGCCUCCGAAAUAGUCCCUGGGACACCACCUCCUCGUCCGCCCAACAACCCCGAGCAGGACAAUGCUGCCGAGGAGGAUGAGCUUCGGUUCUUCCGAGGCAAGGAGUUCAAAACCCGCUACUUUGGCCCCCACAAUGCCUACAUGGCAUUUAGUGAGCUGACCAGCCUUUACCCUUUCAUGAAGGAGACCGCUGAUGAGUGGUUAAGCCCACUACAUAUUCCCAAGAACAAGGACCGUAAUCAGCGGAAGCUCGAUCGGGAGAGGAAGGCACAGGAGCCAGACCCGACCCUGGAGGCUUUGCUGCCGACCAAGCAGGAGACGGACAUUCUUGUUGAGGUUUACCUGGAACAAUUUGAGCAGGUGUACCGUAUCAUACACACGCCAACCUUUCGAAAAUCAUAUUCUAGGUUCUGGGAUCCAAUGCUGCCUAGAACUGCAUCUUUCACCGCUCUUGUGCUUGUCAUGAUCUCAGUGUCUUGCUGUCUGCACGGCAAUACAUCUGGGACACUUGUGGGCUCCGUUUCUCACGCUCAUUACAUGGCCGAGAAAUGGACCAACGCCUGUGAGAACUGGCACAGGAAUCAGAGCGAGAAGCAUCGGAAACUUAUUCAUCUCCAGAUAGCGUGUCUCAUCCACCUUUCAAAGAGAGUUAACAUCUUGAAGAAGAAGCGCUUCUGGAAAUCUGCCGGAGCGUUGGUUCAAGACGGAAUUUCUGUGGGUUUGCACCGUGAUCCUAGCCAUGUUAGCGAUAAAAUUUCCGUGUACAACCAGGAAAUGCGUCGACGGCUAUGGGCAACUAUCCAAGAGUUUGACCUUCAGGCAUCUUUCGACCAUGGUCUUCCGAGUCUGCUCAGCUCGCUGCAUUUUGACAUUACCCCGCCUAGAAACAUUGAUGACGAGGAGUUUGACGAGGAUGUCAAAUCACUGCCCAAAUCUAAACCACCAAACGUUUAUACAUUUUCCUCCUUUCAACACCUGAGCCGCCAAAGUCUGCCGCUCCGCCUUGAGCUCAGCCGUGUGCUCACUGGGUCGCCAGAAGAACUGGACUAUGAGCGCGUCAUUAGGUAUACAAAUGAGAUAACUCAGGAAAUCGACUCGUUGCCGUCCUGGGAUCUCAUGGCUGCACCUACCUUGGGAUCUAGCGCAGCUCCUGGCAGCAGCUUGAGCAGCCAACUUUCGGUGUCAAGUCGUCGGCCAUUGCUUGCAUACACGCUCCUGCACAUACAGUUGCGACAGUACAUCAUACCCUUGCACCAACCAUAUCUACGCCUCAGAAAGACAAACUCCAAGUAUCAAUACUCUGAGAUUGUUUACUAUAAUGCCGCCAGAGAUAUGGUAUUGCUUCACGACAAGUUGACCGAACAGGGAGUCCGAACGCUCAGCUUCCUUAGAGAGGACGCCUUGACCUUGUCCAUUAACCUAUGCAGUGUGACCAUGCUGCAGCCAAGAGGGUCAACCAAUAUGGUCAUGGUCAAUUCAGAACACACCCUCCGACUUCUUGAAAAGUGUCUCGGCAUGAAAGAAGACCGUGUACUUCGGUGUGGAAAUCAUGAACCGUGGGCCUAUUCUAUCAUGUGUGCUGCUUAUGGGCUUCUCGAGGCACACUUGGGAGUCAAGACAGCCGAGGUGGCCAAGGCAGGAGCAGCAGAGCGCUUCGUGAAUUUACACUAUCGGCUAGUCAAGGGUGAAAACCCGCCUGCAUCAUCGAUGCAAUCAAUCCUGUCAAACAGAGCUGCUCUGCAGCAACCACCGAACUACGAGGGCCGAGAGAGGCAAAAGUCCAUUACCCCUUUUGCUAUUCCCAGCUCUCAAGGCUCGGCAAUGAACGGAGUUCACCCUGGAGAGGCACCACCGACUCCAUGGUGGCUUAACCCCGUGGUUGAUCCAAGUAUGCCUGCACUCCCACAAUCGUCGUUCAAUACCGAAUUUAAUCUUGAAAACCUCGGCCUUAAUUUGAAUGAUCUAUGGAGUGAUGCUACAUUGGGGUUCUCCGCCUGAUUGGGAACAGAUAGGUACCUACUUAUGAACCGGACAUAAUAUCAAGCCCGCUGAGGUGACGGAUAAAGAUGCGGACAACAUUAACUGUUCGAUUACUACGAUUAAUUGCUAGCGGUAGCACACAAACGGUGCGCUCCAAUGCUUAUUUAACAUUGAUCAUAUUCAUUUUACCUGGAACAACAACAAUUUCGCAAGAUUGCCGCCAAGAGCCGUCCCGAGCUACUAUUUACGGUUUCACCCAGUCAAGAUGCCCAAUCUAUCCACAUCUGUUCUUCGCUCCUCACUGGCUACCUACCUCUAGGCAGGUAGGCACUAGUCGAUGGGUUGCUUACCUACCUACCUACCUAGGUACGU